AUGCCAGACAUCCCAAAGCCGCACAUCGGCGAGGGACCAGUUACACUUCGCAACUGGCCCCGCGAUAUUGCUUGGUUUAACACGACUUUCAUCAUCAUAAUACCGUUACUUGGCUGCAUUGCUGCUGUCUUCACCCCCUUGCGACGAUCCACUAUCAUCUGGGCUGUGCUCUACUACUUUUGGACUGCGCUGGGUAUUACCGCUGGCUAUCAUCGGUUAUGGUCACAUCGAACCUACGAAGCGGGCCUACCGCUCAGAAUUUUCCUGGCCUGUGCCGGUGGAGGCGCCGUGCAGGGCUCGAUUCGCUGGUGGAGUGCGAAACAUCGCGCCCACCACAGAUGGACUGACACGGAGAAGGACCCAUACAAUAUACGGAGGGGCCUGUUAUACUCCCACGUGCUAUGGAUGAUACUGAAGCAGGACCCCAAGCACUGUGGUCGGCCAGAUAUCUCUGACCUGAACGAAGAUCCAGUAGUCAUCUGGCAGCAUCGGAACUAUAUCAAAUUUGUGUUCGGCUUUGGCUUGAUCCUACCGAUGGUCAUAGCUGGCUUGGGAUGGGGCGACUGGAAGGGUGGCUUGGUGUAUGCUGGCAUCUUGAGGAUGUUCCUAUUCCAGCAGGCAACUUUCUGUGUCAAUUCAUUGGCACAUUGGCUGGGAGAUCAGGCCAGUUUCCAUCCCUUUGAUGACAGGAACUCGCCCCGCGACCAUAUUCUUACCGCGUUGGUCACACUUGGUGAGGGCUACCAUAACUUCCACCACGAGUUCCCCUCGGACUAUCGCAACGGCAUUGAGUGGUGGCAGUAUGACCCCACGAAAUGGGCUAUUUGGAUCUGGUCCAAAUUCCGUCUGGCCUCGAACCUCAAGCGGUUCCGCACCAAUGAGAUUGAGAUGGGCCGUGUGCAACAGAUGCAGAAAAGACUUGAUCAGCGGGUGGCCACCCUCAAUUGCUGUGUGCUUCCGGACUAGCUGCCGCCAGUCGACUGCGAUCGUUUUGUUGUAAGACGUGGUAGAAUUGGCCUGAGAGCAUUCUUAUGAUUAACUAAUUGUUUUCUCGAAUGCUGGUCAGGGCAUGUGCCAUAACUUGUUGGUGAUUUUCAAGCGUCUUUCGACCUUGCCAACUGAGGUACUGUGCAUUUGUAUGUCCUGGUGGUGAGGAGGAAGGGAAGUAGAAAAAAGGGAAGGGACUGUUCUGCUUUGCCUCUAAGAAUCUUUUGGCAGGAUG